CCUGCUUUCUGACACGUGAUUCAACGUGAUUGGAGCGCUUGCAACUUUCCGUUUGAAAGACUGUGAUGGAACAGUAAACGAGUGCUUGCUGGCUCCCCGCGUGACAUUAGCAGGAACCAUUAUUCAAUAUUUUGAACGAUGUUUGUCGCGCGUAGCAUUGCAGCAGAUCACAAAGAUCUGAUCCACGAUGUUUCCUACGAUUUUCACGGGCGGAGAAUGGCUACGUGUUCCAGCGACCAAAGCAUUAAGGUGUGGGACAAGGCUGAUAAUGGAGAAUGGAACUGCACAGCUAGCUGGAAAACUCACAGUGGCUCGGUUUGGAGAGUGACAUGGGCUCAUCCAGAGUUUGGACAGGUGUUGGCAUCUUGCUCUUUUGACCGUACUGCAAUAGUAUGGGAGGAAAUUGUUGGAGAGUCCAAUGACAAACAUAGAGGACAAAGCCAUUGGAUAAAGAGAACCACACUUGUGGACAGUCGCACAUCCGUGACUGAUGUGAAGUUUGCACCGAAGCACAUGGGCUUGAUGCUGACCACGUGUUCUGCGGACGGGGUUGUGCGAAUCUACGAGGCCCCUGAUGUGAUGAAUCUGAGCCAGUGGUCCCUGCAGCAUGAAAUCUCAUCUAAAUUCCCUUGCUCCUGCAUCUCCUGGAACCCUUCCAGUUCUCGGGCUCACGCACCUAUGAUCGCUGUAGGUAGUGAUGAAAACAACGUUACGUAUGGUGGCAAAGUUCAGAUAUAUGAGUAUAAUGAAAUAACCAGAAAAUAUGCCAAAGCCGAGACACUGGUGACAGUUACUGAUGCUGUCCAUGAUGUUGCGUUUGCUCCGAACCUGGGGCGGUCUUUUCAUGUGCUUGCUGUUGCCACAAAAGAUGUGCGCAUCUUUAAAUUAGUUCCUCUUAGAAAGGCAGAGAGCUCCUCUGCAGCUCCUACUAAAUUUGAGGUGCAGGUGCUGGCCCAGUUUGACAGCCAUAACUCCCAGGUGUGGCGUGUGAGUUGGAACAUUACCAGUACGAUCCUGGCUUCCUCUGGUGAUGAUGGCUGUGUGAGACUCUGGAAAGCAAACUACAUGGACAAUUGGAAAUGCACAGGUAUUUUAAAGGGAGAUGGCAGUCGAGUGUUUGGGACGUCAAAUCAGCCUGCUGCUCUUAGCACUUCUGCACAGAGUGCUUUCAACACAGCAACUGGAAGAUAGAUCCUUCACUACUAACCGGACUGGUCCAAAGUCUAUAUUGGAGACAUGUGUUGCAAUGCAUCUUAGGAAAUCACAAUUAUUGCUGGGACCAACUGAUUGUGCUUGCUGGAUGUGCAGAGCGACAGACACUUAACAUGACCACUGGAAAUCUGUUAUAAACUUUGCCUUAUAUCUUUCUGUUGACUAAACUUUCUGUUGUUGUUGUUGUUGUGUGUGUGUGUGUAUAUAAGGCUGUUUCAAAAUGUAGUAAUAAAUAAAAGUGUUUGAGGGGGUUUAUUGUGUUCAAUCAAUGACUUAAAUGCAAUUCAUUUGAGUGUGAUGUUGUUUCUUAAUGUGUUUUCCUAGUUUAUGUAAGCAUAUUGCAAAGUAUCUUUUCCCCGCUGAUGAACUGAAAUUCUUUCAAGUGCUAUUUUUAUACAUCCAAGAAACAAUGCCUGUAAAAUUUGGGAAGAUAUGUAGAAUCUAGCUGUUAUAUAAACGUUUUGUUGUAUUAUGGAUGGAAUACUUUAGAAAUUGUUUUACAAACUGGAUUUUGUCAUUCUGAAUUGCAAGUCAUGUUUGAACUUAUGAGAAAUUCUCUUUGCUGGGUUAUUGAUGAUAUAUUUGUCAUAAUCUUCCUGCAUAAUGGCUUUUGCCUAGAAAUAAAGAUGGUGGUGCCUUCAA